AGUACCUCGUCAGCGACACCAGUUCCUCUGCGAGAGACUUACGCUUAUCACCGGCUUCACUGCCAGCCACGCAACUCACUUUCCAGCUUGUCAUUUUCGCCCCAAACUUGACGACUUUUGCCCGCCAUGGCUCCUUCAAAGUGGGAUGACGAAGAGGAGAGUGUCUCUCCCCCUCCUGUGGUUGCCCGCCGCAAGUUCGACGAUGAGGAAGAGGAGGAUGUCCUUGACUCCUGGGACGCCGCCGAAGACUCCGAAGUAGAGCGCGAGAAGGCCGCCAAGGCAGCGGAGGCCAAGGCCAAGGCCGAAGCCGAAGCCGCCGCCAACAAGAAGAGCAAGGCACAGCGGAUACAGGAAAAGAAGGCCCAGCGGAAGGCAGAUGCCGAUGCUGAGACUUCGGACGACAGCGACGAGGACGAGGCCGAGCGGAGAGCCCGUCUCCGCAAGACCGAGAAGGACGCUGACCUCAAGCACGCCGAGGACCUCUUUGGCGACAUCGACCUGAACCGUAUGCGCAACCGCAGCGCCCCCAAGGCCGUGGUCAUCAGUGACUCGGCCGACCCGACCCAGGCCGUCGAUCUCUCGGCUAUGCCUCUCUUCAAGCCCGCCACCAAGGACCAGUUCACCCGCGUCACUACAACCCUUAUCCCUCUGUUGACGACCCAGUCGAAGAAGCCCCAGUAUGCUCUGUGGGCGCAGGACUUCGUCAAGCAGCUCGUCAAGGACCUGCCCAGUGGAGAUGUCAAGAAGAUCGCUUCUUCGCUGACCACUCUCAGCAACGAGAAGAUGAAGGAGGAGCGUGCUGCCGAUAAGGGUAACAAGAAGACCAAGGCGGCCAAGACCAAGGUCUCCCUGGUCACCUCUAGAGAGAACAGGAUUGAAACCAACUC